GCAGUGGGCAGGUUGCACGUACGCAGAAUGGCUGGGAAGCCGGAAGCGGGCCCCGAGUGGCUGAGAAGCCGGAAACGCGCCCCCGAGGGUGCGGCCCUGAGAAGGCGGCGGGCCUGACCGGGCGGGGCCAGGCGGGAAAUGUUUGGGGAGCUGUAAACUGGGCGCGGGGUCCUGGGAGGCAAGUGCGUCUGGGCCGACUUCUGGCCCGAUGAAGAGCCAGGCGACUGGGCCAGUGCUCCCCAGCGCGGGCCUCAGGUCAGCCAGUCUUGCUGCCAGCGCUUCUGGGAAAACAGCCCCGGGCGCCGCCCAGCAUGCCCGGCAUUCGGCGCCGAGCGCAGCCGCCGGCCCUCGUAGACGUCGGGCGAUGCGGGGAGGCGCGGCCACCGGCGGGAUGUGGUAGCACGUGACACCGGCCCCUGUGCGCUCCUAUCAGACGCCGGCCCCUGCCCUGGACGCGCAGGAUGAAUGACAUGAACUUGAGCCCAGUGGGGAUGGAGCAGCUGUCUUCAUCCUCUGUGAGCAAUGCCCUGCCAGUCUCAGGAAGUCACCUGGGUCUGGCUGCCUCUCCCUCUCACAGUGCCAUCCCUGCCCCAGGACUUCCAGUGGCAAUUCCAAACCUCGGUCCCUCCCUGAGCUCUCUGCCUUCUGCCUUGUCUCUGAUGCUCCCCAUGGGCAUUGGAGAUCGAGGAGUAAUGUGUGGGUUACCUGAAAGAAACUAUACCCUACCUCCACCACCUUACCCUCACCUAGAGAGCAGUUACUUCAGAACCAUUCUACCUGGCAUUUUAUCUUAUUUAGCUGACAGACCACCUCCUCAGUAUAUCCACCCCAACUCUAUAAAUGUUGAUGGAAAUACAGCAUUAUCUAUCACCAACAACCCUUCGGCACUAGAUCCCUAUCAGGCCAAUGGAAAUGUUGGAUUAGAACUAGGCAUUGUUUCAAUAGACUCUCGCUCUGUAAACACUCAUGGUGCCCAAAGUCUUCAUCCUAAUGAUGGCCACGAAGUAGCAUUGGACACAACAAUCACUAUGGAGAAUGUCUCUAGGGUUACCAGCCCAAUCUCCACAGACGGAAUGGCAGAGGAACUUACAAUGGAUGGAGUUACAGGAGAACAUUCCCAGAUCCCAAAUGGCUCCAGAAGUCAUGAACCCCUCUCUGUGGAUUCUGUGAGCAACAACCUUACAGCUGACACUGUAGGACAUGGUGGUGUGAUACCCAUUCAUGGGAAUGGUCUGGAGCUUCCAGUGGUCAUGGAGACAGACCACAUUGCAAACCGGGUCAAUGGGAUAUCUGACAGCGUCCUCAGUGAUUCCAUCCACACCGUGGCCAUGAGCACCAACUCUGUAAGCGUGGCACUUUCUACCUCACACAACCUCGCCUCCCUAGAAUCUGUUUCCCUCCAGGAAGUUGGCCUUAGCCUAGAGCCUGUGGCUGUCUCUUCCAUCACCCAGGAAGUUGCCAUGGGGACAGGUCAUGUAGAUGUAUCCUCAGACAGCUUGUCUUUUGUACCAUCUUCACUGCAAAUGGAAGACUCCAAUUCAAACAAGGAAAACAUGGCAACCUUGUUUACAAUUUGGUGCACGCUUUGUGACCGAGCCUACCCCUCAGAUUGCCCUGAUCAUGGACCAGUGACUUUUGUUCCUGAUACACCAAUAGAGAGCAGAGCAAGACUAUCCCUCCCGAAGCAGCUUGUUCUCCGCCAGUCCAUUGUGGGGACAGAUGUUGUUGGUGUCCUUCCGUUGAUAGGCGUGUGGACUGCAGAGACCAUUCCCGUGCGGACUUGCUUCGGGCCUCUAAUUGGCCAGCAGAGUCACUCCAUGGAAGUGGCGGAGUGGACAGACAAGGCCGUUAGCCACGUCUGGAAGAUAUACCACAAUGGCGUCCUAGAAUUCUGCAUCAUUACAACCGAUGAGAAUGAGUGUAAUUGGAUGAUGUUUGUGCGCAAAGCCAGGAACCGUGAAGAACAGAAUUUGGUGGCUUAUCCCCAUGAUGGAAAAAUCUAUUUCUGUACCUCACAAGACAUCCCUCCUGAAAACGAGCUGCUUUUCUAUUAUAGCCGGGAUUAUGCUCAACAGAUAGGUGUUCCUGAACACCCCGAUGUGCACCUCUGUAACUGUGGCAAGGAGUGCAGUUCCUAUUCAGAGUUCAAAGCUCACCUGACCAGCCAUAUCCACAAUCAUCUCCCUAGCCAGGGCCACAGCAGCAGCCAUGGGCCAAGCCACAGCAAGGAAAGGAAGUGGAAGUGCUCCAUGUGCCCCCAGGCCUUUAUUUCUCCUUCUAAACUCCACGUUCACUUUAUGGGUCAUAUGGGCAUGAAGCCCCACAAGUGUGAUUUUUGUAGCAAGGCUUUUAGUGAUCCAAGCAACCUACGGACACACCUCAAAAUACAUACAGGUCAGAAGAAUUACAGGUGUACUUUGUGUGACAAGUCUUUCACGCAGAAGGCUCACUUGGAAUCUCACAUGGUCAUCCACACGGGUGAGAAGAAUCUCAAGUGUGAUUACUGUGACAAGCUAUUCAUGCGGAGACAGGACCUCAAGCAGCAUGUGCUCAUCCACACACAAGAACGCCAGAUCAAGUGUCCGAAGUGUGAUAAACUGUUCCUGAGAACAAACCACUUGAAGAAGCAUCUCAACUCUCACGAGGGAAGACGAGACUAUGUCUGUGAGAAAUGCACAAAGGCUUACCUAACCAAGUACCACCUCACCCGCCACCUGAAGGCCUGCAAGGAGCCCGCCUCCAGCUCCUCCGCCCAGGACGAUGAGGACGAGGAUGGGGACUCGGGGGAAGACGGUCUCCCAGGCUCCAUGACGACAGAGGGCUGCAGGAUGAGCAGUGCUGUUUACUCAGCAGAUGAGUCUCUCUCCGCACAUAAAUAAGAGGAAAAAGCAACUGCUUUGGAUGGCACAUACACUGGGGAAACAUAACCAGCCCACUGUAGUGGUUUUAUAGGAAAUGCUUUCUGAUCCCUAACCCGCUGUUAAGAGUGGACUGAGUGGGGGUAGCUAAAGCACUUACAGAGGUCUGCCCAAAUGGAUUCCUUACGCGGGCCGGGAGACGGGCAUGCGUCUGUCUGUCUAAGGAGGGGGUGGCAGUGAAAGGGCCAGCUUUUGAUGCCUGUUCUUUAUUUACUUGGUAGUUUGGGAGAUGCACUUAUGCGUGAGUGGAAGUGCCCUUUUAUCCAAACAAAUGUGAUUUAUCUCACAUUGUUCCAUUUCCCCUCAGCCAGCCAACGUGACUUGCCAUCCCACUGCUCACUACAUAUUACGCACUCACUAUUGUAAGGUAUGCAUUUCAGAGAGAAUUGUACCACAGCCGUGUUAGGAUGACUAAUCACAGAGUAAUACCUGCCUACCUUCUGGCCAUUUGGGAGUUUAGAUCCUGCUUCUCAGUCUUAGCAGGGGUUGAGAGGGCAGGUAAAGAAGCAGUCCCAGUCAGAGGACAGUGACUGAUAGAGGGAAAGGUCCAGAAACCCACCUUCCAUGGAAGCUAAGGUUAGCCACCUAGAUAUGUGUACAUGUACAUCUUUGUGGUCUAGCCAUGUCUCUGUCUUCAGGAAAGCCUUCAGUCUUUCCUUGAGGACCUAGAAUAUUAACAGUGUUCAAAUAAUGCCUGCUGGGUAGUCUCCAGUCAGCUAGCGCACACGGGCUCACCUGACGAGAUUGGUUCUUCCGCCUACAGGAGGAGGGGAUGCUUUUUUUUUUUAAAUGUAGGUUUACUUUAUGAAAACCAUUAAAAUGUUGCUAGCUGGAAGCAACAAGUAGUUCCAAAUGCAUUGGUGGGUUUCAGUUAGGCCUUCCCAGUUGUCUUCCUUGCUGAAUCCUCACCAGCCAAGUGUAGAGGAUCCCAAGGAUCUGGAGGACAGAGAAGGCUUAUUAGUCACCCGUGUGAGCAGGCACACCCAGCUUUUGUCAAGAAGCAGACACCCUGAACUUGACGGGAUUGAUGGAACCUGCCUUCCUGCUCAAGGGCACAACCUUGGCUGACUCUGCUGGGGAGGAUUUGCUGCUAAUGUAUUUAUAGAAUGAAUUUAUUUCAUUCAAAUCUGUAUUCCUCUAGGAAGAAUUAAAAUCGUUUUUAAUGAAA